CUUUAUUUGCUGCAUCUCUUGAAAUCGUUGUUAAUAUUUGAUCUUGAAUAAUGGAAUCUGUUGUAUUUGAUGCCUGAAUCUAACAUGCAUCAUGAGUACAUUUGUCAGGUUUCACAUUACAUUUGUUCUUAAGGGAAGAAAAGAACUAAAUUAUGAGAAAAAACUAUACAAAUUUAGAUAGAUACAAUAAAUGUAGGGUUAAGGUGUGGUCACAUGACGUCCAAUAGCCAAUGAGCACGUACUUCGGUCUAACCUCUUCCUAAUGCUCGAAAGCAGAGUCUCGUACUUCAUCGUAGCCAUUGCUCGCGUCGCGAAACUGGUGUAGAACUCUAUUUGUAAUCCGUUAUAAUUGUGUUAAUGGUUUAUCAUCAAAAUAUAUAGAAGUUCAUGAAAAAAUAUUCAAAUCUUUAACUAGAGGUUUAAUGGAUAUAAUUAAUAGAUUCUUUUGAACUCCUCAUGUCUAAUGAAGCAUGGGUGCAAUUCAAAAUGAGAAUGACAACAGAAAUAGUAACAGCAGUAACAUGAUGCCAAAAUACGAAGAACCAAUUGUGGAGCCUGUUAACGGUGUGGUGCAGCCUCCUUUCAUCCCACCAUCCAAUAAACCACACCGAAAUACUAAUCAAUUGCAUUAUCUAGCCAAAAAUGUAAUGAAAGUUGUAAUGAAGCACCAGUUUGCCUGGCCGUUUUACCAACCUGUGGAUGCUGUCAAGUUAAAUAUACCUGACUACCACAAAAUAAUAAAAAACCCAAUGGAUUUGGGUACUGUUAAGAAACGUUUGGAUAAUUAUUACUAUUACUCAUCUUCAGAAUGUAUUCAAGACAUCAAUACUAUGUUUAUGAAUUGUUAUGUCUAUAACAAACCUGGUGAAGAUGUGGUAUUGAUGGCUCAGACAUUAGAAAAGCUCUUUCUAAAUAAAAUUGCUGAAAUGCCACCUGAAGAAAUUGAAAUACCCAUUCCAGCCCUUAAAACUGGUGGCAAAGGUAAAGGAAAGAAAGGAAAAACUAGUCGUGUGAAUUCUACAGACUCACCUGUAGAAUCCAAUGUUAAUUCUUCGACCGUCCAGUCAAAAUCUCCUCUAUCCACAACCAGUACAGUUUCUCCUACUGUUCCUGGAAGUACUAACUCCACUACAACUCUCUCUGCCUCAGCUGUAAAUUCUUCAGGUAUCAGUCAAAAUCUGAGAUCAAAUACUUAUAGUGGCACAAGUUCAACAUCACCCCGGAAAGGGACCAAUGCUGUUGAGACUAAACCUUUGCCCAAUGCCAAAGUAAACUCUGUAAAUGUUAAUGAUAGUCACAAUACUGCAAAUCAGCUACCGAGUCUUUCAUCUCAAAGUGGAAUUAUUAAUCAAACACCUAAAGCUAAAAGAGGUGUUAAAAGAAAGGCAGAUACAACAACGCCAUCAGCUGAUAUUGUUAAGGUGGAACCUGAAUUAGUUCCUAAAGAUAUAAAAUCUGCCAAAGUCUCUACUCGUAGGGAGAGUGGAAGACCUAUUAAAAAACCAUCUAAAGAUCUCCCUGAACCACCUGUAAGUGAUAAAGAAUUUACUCAGCCUUGUGGAAAGCCUAAGAAAGGAAAACUUAAUGAACAGCUAAAAUAUUGUAAUGUAGUAUUGAAAGAACUCUUUGCUAAGAAGCAUGGGGGCUAUGCAUGGCCAUUUUACAAACCAGUUGAUGCAAAACUUCUGGAUCUACCAGAUUAUCAUGAAGUUAUUAAACAUCCAAUGGAUCUAGGUACUAUCAAGAAAAAGCUUGACAAUCAUGAAUAUAAGUCACCAGAUGAAUUUGCUGGUGAUGUACGGUUAAUUUUUACAAAUUGUUACAAGUAUAAUCCUCCUGAUCAUGAAGUUGUAGCCAUGGCAAGAAAACUCCAAGAUGUUUUCGAAAUGAAAUAUGCCAAAAUGCCAGAUGAUGCUGCACUUAAUGAUCCAAAUCUUAGUUCUGAAAAAACAGAAGAUUCUACACAAAGCAUGUCAAGUGAUGCAUCAUCUGAAUCAUCAUCUGAGAGCGGAUCUGAAGACAGUGAUGAAGAAAGAGAAAGGAAGCUAAAGGCACUGCAGGAACAACUUAGAAAAGUUACUGAAGAAAUUAGUAACUUAGCUGCUGAAAGCAGGCGGAAAGAUAAAAAGAAAAAGAAACGAAGGAAAAAAGAUAGAGAUGAACGGAAAGAAAUCAAAAUUGAAGAGGAAUUGUCUCCUAUUGAAACAACCACAGCAUCUGCACCCAUUACCACUCAACCGAAACAAACAAAAGCCGCAAGGAAAAGUACUGCUGGUAAAGCACCUACUGCCAACAAUAAAGUCCAAAAUCAAAAAAGACAAAGAACUAAUAGUAAAUCAUCAAAAAAAAGUAAACCAUCUCUCUCAUUUGAUAGUGAGGAUGAGGAUAAUGCUAAACCUAUGUCUUAUGAUGAAAAAAGGCAAUUAAGCUUAGACAUCAAUAAGCUACCGGGUGAUAAACUUGGAAGAGUUGUUCAUAUUAUUCAGUCAAGAGAGCCAUCAUUAAAAGAUUCUAACCCAGAUGAAAUAGAAAUAGAUUUUGAAACAUUAAAGCCAUCAACCUUACGAGAACUUGAAUCAUAUGUUGCUUCAUGUUUACGAAAGAAACCUCGAAAACCUUACACUACAAAAAAUAAAGUUGCUGGCAAAUCUAGAGAAGAGCAUAUGCGUGAGAAAAAGCAAGAGCUUGAGAAACGUUUGCAAGAUGUUAGUGGCCAGUUGGGCCAACCUACUAAGAAAUCUGCAAAAAAAGAUACAGAACAUGUAAGCACAGAAGUUGGUGGUGGUCCUAGUCGUCUCAGUGCAAGCAGCAGCAGCUCCAGUGAAAGUGAUAGUAGUACUAGUAGUAGUUCUACCAGCUCCUCUGAUUCUAGCGAUUCAGAAUAAGCUUUAACUUUACACUAUCCUUGGCCUUAGGACGAAAGAAUCUUUUUAUUAAUAUCAGUGAUCUGACAUUAAUUUGUAUGGCUGUAGACGAAGUAAGAAACUUAUGCACAAACACACUGUGAGUAGCUUGAUACAAGAGUUAUUUACCUUUGUGUUGGGUGGCUGCAUAUCUUUGAUAAUUUUUUUUUUUUUUUCAAAACAAUAUGUGAUCGCAUUUCAUAUUUUAAAAUAAAUUCAUUGAACUUGAUAAACUACUGGCACAAGGAACUCUUUUCAGAUGUGUAACUUAUUCCAUCGCCUAAAACAGUCAAGGAAGGGUGUAUUGUGUGCUUUUUCAUCUGUAAAUAUAAUUUAUCAUUAAAGUUCAUCUCAUCUUUUAAAACCUACAAAUUGGAUCUAGCUUAGGCUAUUGAUCAACACUGUAUAUGGAUCAUUUCAUUUGUUCUUGUAAAUUUCAUUUUGAAGAUUGUAUAAAGUAAAUAAUAAAAAUCAGGUAUCGUCUGUAAAAAUUAAAUGUUAUUUACCGAAUUUUGUCUAUGUUAACUUUUGUCUUUGUAGAUUACUUCUCACAUUUUUCGCUGCAAAUGAUUUUUGUAGCAUCCAAACCAGAACAUUUUACAUUAAUUAAUAAUUUAUGUAUUUUUUAAAUAUUUAAAAAAAAUCAAUUAUAGGUAUAAAAAAAUGGACAAACCUGAUCAGAUUAUUAUUGCCUUUAAUUUUUUAUUACCUUUUGAAUUUUUAUAUUUCUGUUGAAGUUUUGUAUAGACUCGGAAAAUUAUUUCCAAAUUUGUUAAAUUUUUUGGCUCAUUCAAUUAUUUUGAAUGUAUUUUAUAUUGACACCGAAUAAAAUCUGCUGUAUUAUUUUUAUUUUUUAGUUCCUUUAUAUACUACUGUCAUAAGACAGCAGAUUUUUUUUUUCUCAUUGUAAACUUGCUUUACUGUCAAUAAAUUAUGGAAUUGGCUUAAAUGUGUUCAUUUGGGUGCUAUUCUAAAGAACAAUUUUGUUUUUGUCAUUAAUGUAAACAUUCAAAAAUGCAAUUUAUGAGCUUGUUGAAGAAAGUGGAAAUUUUGCAAUAAUUUGUGUCUGUCUAUGUGUAAAAGGUAUUGUGUUUAAAAUCUAAAUCUGGAUAUUUAGAUCUGUAUAUUUGUUUAUAUGUUUUUCUUUUAUUCUGAUUUCUCUAAGCAAUGUGUACAGCAAUAUGUAUGUCUCAUUAAAAAUUUAUUACACCACUUUUGACGCCAUAAUGCCAUUGAUUUACAUUUUUGACAUUUUCCUCUUGUACUUUUGUAAAUUAAUAAUUUGAAUGUAUCAAUUAAGUGUUUGUUGCCUCUAUUUAAAUUGUUUUUCCUUAUUCCACCAACAGAUUCGGAGACACAAAUUCUUAUAAUGUUAAUAUUAUUCAGACAUAUUGACAAAAUAAAAUAUGAAUUUAAAAAUAAAAA